AUUGGCGCAGUAAAGAGAAUUCAAUUUGCAAUUUAUUGACAAGUUUUCUAUUAUUGUCCAGUAUAAACAUUGUUAAAUAUAUGCGCGUCCAUGUUUUGUUAGAAUAUUAUAUAUUUCAAUUGUAAUAUUUUCAUCCAUAUUUUAACUUUUUUCAUUAUAAGCUUCAGUUAUUUUCGCAUGUUAACACCUUUUGGGUCAUUUUUAUUGAAUGUUUGGUUGAAAAAGGAAUAUAAUUAAGUAAGAGGUUAUCUUUCAAUCUAUAACAAUAUGCUGUCUAGUAUUGUCAAAGAACAUCAAAGUAAACAAACAGCCAGGAAGGAAUUACAAGAUCAAAAACGUAAGGAAGCAUUACGAGCAGCAAAUAACUUGACUCAAGCCUUGGUAGAUCACUUGAAUGUCAGAGUGGCUCAAGCUUAUUUGAAUCAAAGGAAACUCGAUGCAGAAGCUAAACAAUUACAACAAUCAGCAACAGCAUUCGCAAAACAAACACAUUCAUGGUUGAAUUUAGUAGAAUCAUUUUCAAGCUCUUUGAAGGAAAUAGGUGAUGCGGAAAAUUGGGCACAAAGUAUCGAAGGAGAUAUGAGAAUAAUUGCCACUGCUUUAGAAUAUUCGUACAAAGCUAGCCAAGAUGCUCACGGAACAACUUCGAGUUGAUUCGUUUCAAAAAUACCUGUAUAUUAUACUACAUUAUUAUGUUUACUUUAAGAAUAAUGCUAUAAGAAUUUUUUUUUUAUAUAAAUAAUGCAUACACUUAAGAUAUGAAAUAAGUAUCCAAAGUACCAAUACAUUUUAAGAAUUAUUUAUUUAAUUAGUUUAUACUUUAUAAUUCUUUAACACUGUUUUGAGUUCGAUUAUUAAAU